AUGAGUAUCGUGGCGAUAGUCAGGUCGCAGCAGAAGCAGUACUUGAUGCGAAUCUCCAUCUUGGCCAUGGCUGGCUGUUGCACGAAAAUCCUCACAAACCUCAAACUACCGCCACCUCGAUUUGGACUCUCGCUCAAACGACGACCGACGACCGACUACCGACGACCAACCACCGCUACGGCGACGAAGACGAAGCGAGGAGAAGACGAAGACGAAGACGGUGAGGAAUUCGGUCGGUCACACUGCUGUUCCGUCGGUUUUGACGGUUGA